UAACUCUUUCUUUUUUUUGAACGAAUAGAUCUAACUUAACUAUAUUUGUUUAAUCAACAACUAAUAACAAAUUUAUCGGCUAGGCAUCACUUAAAUUUAUUUAAUACACAUUACGGAGACUACCACGUCACAAAACAGAACCUAACAGGCUGUCAAACACACCUUCUCUACCAUUCACAUACACCCACGUGGCACUUUGUGAUAUGGACACCUUUGCUACUACAGCUGUCGUACUCGUUUCCUAUUUCAAAGAAGAAGAAAACCCUCGUAUAAAUACCUCUGCAUCACACAUUACAUCCUAUAAACUCAAACAAAAACAAAUCCUCUGCUGCUGAUAUCUUAUUACCUCCUUCUCAAUGGCUCAUAAUAACCGUUUUGCCAUCUUCCUCACUUUCCUCUAUGCCAUCGCUGGCCUUUCCGCCGCCGCGUUGGUCGAGGAGCAGCCGCUUGUUCUAAAAUACCACAACGGUGUUCUCUUGAAAGGAAACGUAACCGUCAAUCUCAUUUGGUACGGAAAGUUCACACCCAUCCAACGGUCCGUGAUCGUCGACUUCAUCCGCUCGCUCAACUCCAAAGACGCCGCAUCCUCCGCCUCUCCUUCCGUCGCUUCCUGGUGGAAGACGACUGAGAAAUACAAAGGCGGAUCCUCGACACUCGUCGUCGGGAAACAGCUUCUCCUCGAGAACUAUCCACUCGGAAAAUCCCUCAAGAACCCUUACCUCCGUUCUUUGUCCACCAAACUUAACGGCGGACUCCGUUCUAUCACCGUUAUCUUAACAGCGAAAGACGUAACCGUCGAGGGUUUCUGUAUGAACCGAUGCGGGUCACACGGAACCUCUGUUUCCAAGCCCCGUCGCGCCGCUAACGGCGCCGCUUACGUCUGGGUUGGGAACUCCGAGACGAUGUGUCCUGGUUACUGCGCGUGGCCGUUUCACCAACCCAUUUACGGACCGCAAACACCGCCGUUAGUUGCGCCUAACGGUGACGUUGGGGUUGACGGAAUGAUCAUAAACCUCGCUACACUUCUAGCUAACACCGUCACGAAUCCGUUUAAUAACGGUUAUUACCAAGGCCCGCCAACUGCACCGCUCGAGGCUGUCUCUGCUUGUACUGGCAUAUUCGGGUCGGGUUCUUACCCAGGUUACCCGGGUCAGGUCCUCGUCGACAAAACAACCGGGUCUAGUUACAAUGCUCGUGGACUCGCCGGAAGGAAAUAUCUCUUGCCGGCGAUGUGGGAUCCACAGACUUUAACGUGUAAAACUCUUGUCUGAACCAAGUGAUGUUAAUGUGGCACGUCGCAUAGUACCGAGAGCAAUUAUGAAGAUCUAGAUAACAUCUGUGAUUCAGAACAUGUUGCACGCGCGAGCGCGUGGUGGUACACUCUCUCGGGUUUGGAUUGUGGAUAGAGUUCUUUGCUUUUGUUGGUUUGUUGUGACGUGUGAAGUAUGUGCUUGGGAAUGUGAAGAUGUAUAUGCAUAUAAGUAAUUAAAAAAAUCAUUUUGCUUCA